GAAAUUUCACCAUGUAGAUAGGAUGACGGACAAUGAAUCCCCUGAGAUCCAGAUUCUUCUGCUAGGUGAUGCAGACUGUGGGAAAUCAACAUUUCUUUCGUGAGUUCUUCCCCCUUUCGACCCCUGCAGGUCUCUCGUCAAACCGCCAUCUAUCACCUCAUUGACCCCGCUUUACGAGAUGUACCAUUCAUAUAUAUCAGAACAGGACAGGACUAACAACCAAUACAGAAGGAUAAGCCAAGGGUCUCCCAUAGGUCCAAAGCUAAACCCCAACAUCACAGCGAAUAAAUCACCCAUCCCGCUUCUCCGAGAUGAAAACCAGCCAUUCGUAUUCGAGAUCAAAUUCGGCAAUAAACCAUUCCGAUUUGAAUUCUAUGAUACUGCUUCACCAAAUAGUUGGAAACUAUUGACGCCAAGUGUCAUAAUACUGUGUUAUGACAUCUCAUCCCGUAUAAGUCUCAUUGAUGUCCAAAGGCUCGUAUGUUCUAUCUCCCUUCAUCUCCCCCACUCCAUCCUCCUCAUUACCCUCAUUCCAAGCUCAGAUAAUAAAUUCCUAACUUCUCCUCCACCACAAAAAGUGGUCCCCCCUCCUCUCCCAACCCUUCACGCCCUCCCUCCUCGCCACGGUCCCCGUUCUCCUCCUAGGUCUUAAGCGCGAUCUCCGAUCGGAAACUGAUCCAAAUGGCAUCAUCUAUCCCCAAGAAGCAUAUCGCAUCGCCCAGGAAAUGAGAUGUGAUAAGUAUAUGGAGUGUUCUGCGUUUACGGGGGAGUUGGUACAGGAGGUUGUGGAGGAUAUCUGUAGGACUGCUGCGAAUAGUGCGAGGGCUGAGGGAGGGGGGUUAAGCGAGGGUGGCUGUUUGGUUAUGUGAUUAUUAGGGGGUGAGGAAGUUAAGGGUAAUAAUCUGAGAGGAGUAAUCCAACCCUAAAGCUGAGAUUUAUCUGCGAAUCUAUCUCUACAUGCGUAUUCAGGUAAUCCGA